GGGCUGGGCCAGGAUGUGGUUUGAAACUGUCUAGGUCUGAGUUGGGAGAGCAGAGGUCACUUGUCCUUCGCCUCCCCAGGUCCUCUGUUAUCACCCGGCUGCCGAGGUCAGACUAGGCUAAGGGUCUGGGGAUGCCCCCUGCCUGGCCCCCUUGCCUGAAUUGGCAGGGGGGCCGGGCCGGGCAGCAGCCCCCCUUCUCACCCCAGCCAUGGAUCUUCUACCCCCCAAGCCGAAGUACAACCCACUUCGGAAUGAGUCUCUGUCAUCGCUGGAGGAGGGGGCUUCAGGGUCUACUCCACCGGAGGAGCUGCCUUCCCCAUCAGCCUCAUCCCUGGGACCCAUUCUGCCUCCUCUGCCGGGGGACGAUAGCCCGACUACCCUGUGUUCCUUCUUUCCCCGGAUGAGCAACUUGAAGCUGGCCAAUCCUGCUGGGGGGCGCCUGGGACCUAAAGGGGAGCCAGGAAAAGCUGCAGAAGAUGGGGAAGGGAGUGCAGGAGCAGCCCUUCGGGACUCAGGCCUCUUGCCCCUCCUCCAGGACAUGAACAAGCUGAGUGGAGGCGGCGGGCGCAGGACUCGGGUAGAAGGGGGCCAGCUGGGGGGCGAGGAGUGGACCAGACACGGGAGCUUUGUCAAUAAGCCCACACGAGGCUGGCUGCAUCCCAACGACAAAGUCAUGGGACCUGGGGUUUCCUACUUGGUUCGGUACAUGGGUUGCGUGGAGGUCUUACAGUCAAUGCGAGCCCUUGACUUCAAUACCCGGACUCAGGUCACCAGGGAGGCUAUCAGUUUGGUGUGUGAAGCUGUGCCUGGUGCCAAAGGGGCGAUGAGGAGGAGAAAGCCCUGCAGCCGCCCACUCAGCUCUAUCCUGGGAAGGAGUAACCUGAAGUUUGCUGGAAUGCCGAUCACUCUCACUGUGUCUACCAGCAGCCUUAACCUCAUGGCAGCAGACUGCAAACAGAUCAUUGCCAACCAUCACAUGCAAUCUAUCUCAUUCGCGUCUGGUGGGGAUCCGGACACAGCUGAGUACGUUGCCUAUGUUGCCAAAGACCCUGUGAAUCAGAGAGCCUGCCAUAUCCUGGAGUGUCCUGAAGGACUUGCUCAGGACGUCAUCAGCACCAUCGGGCAGGCCUUUGAGUUGCGCUUCAAACAGUAUCUCAGGAAUCCACCCAAGCUGGUCACCCCCCAUGACAGGAUGGCUGGCUUUGAUGGCUCAGCUUGGGAUGAGGAGGAAGAAGAGCCCCCUGACCAUCAGUACUACAAUGACUUCCCAGGGAAGGAACCCCCUCUUGGUGGAGUGGUAGAUAUGAGGCUUCGGGAAGGGGCUGCUCGACCCACUCUGCCCAGUACCCAGAUGCCCAGCCACUUGGGAGCUACACUGCCAAUAGGGCAGCAUGUUACAGGAGACCAUGAAGUCCGUAAACAGAUGCUGCCUCCACCACCGUGCCCAGGCAGAGAACUCUUCGAUGAUCCUUCCUAUGUCAACAUCCAGAAUCUAGACAAGGCCCGGCAAGCUGGUGGUGGGGCUGGACCCCCAAAUCCUUCUGUUAAUGGCAGUGCACCCCGAGACCUCUUUGACAUGAAGCCCUUCGAAGAUGCACUCCGGGUGCCGCCAGCUCCCCAGUCCAUGUCCAUGGCUGAGCAGCUCCAAGGGGAGUCCUGGUUUCAUGGGAAACUCAGCCGGCGGGAGGCUGAGGCGCUGCUGCAGCUCAACGGUGACUUCUUGGUGCGAGAGAGUACAACCACACCUGGCCAGUACGUGCUCACUGGUCUGCAGAGUGGGCAGCCCAAGCACUUGCUUCUGGUGGACCCUGAAGGUGUGGUUCGGACAAAGGAUCACCGCUUUGAGAGUGUCAGUCACCUGAUCAGCUACCACAUGGACAAUCACUUACCCAUCAUCUCUGCAGGCAGUGAGCUGUGUCUACAGCAACCUGUGGAUCGAAAAGUGUGAUCCUUCUUAGCCUCUCCUGGAGGACGCUCUCCACUCCCUUCUACCGUGUACUCGUGGGGCCGCUGCUUGGUGGGAACUGAGCGGCAAGGACACGGCUUUAGUGCCCACUUGAGAGAGGAUUUUUAGGAGCCUGGGAAAGCAUCCUUCUUCUGCCCAAACCUCACCAAAGUAUUAAUGUGCAGAGUGGUCCCUUGUCUGGGCCUUGCCUGUGCCAACCUGAUGCCCUUCCCCCAAAAGGGUGGGUUUUAUAAUGGAAAAUACCCUGUGGUGUUAGACCCAGUGGAGUAAUUGCCCUUUGGGGGAAGGGAAAUAAUCAUACCUCUGGUUUACUCCUGGUCUUCAGGGUACCCCAGACCCCUUUUAACAUAUCCUACUCCCUAUGCAUCUCCUUAAAACUUUGUGCCUUCGACUAUCAUAGGUCUGCAGAUACUUUAUGCAGAGUUCUCAGGCUCUUCAGAUGUGGACAGGGGUUACUGACACCUUGACUUCUGGAACCCUGUUCUGCUCAGCAUCCCUUCCUGUGUCUGGGGAGAAUAGGGCAGGAGUGGCCACCAUCUCCUCUGCUUUUGGAUGUACAGCCCUUUAAAGGUUGCCCCAGGCCAGGAUGUGGUGACACAUGCCUUUAAUCACUGCACUCAGGAGGCAGAGGCAGGAGGAUUUGUGAAGCUACCCUGGCCUACAACAGUGAGUUCCAGUACAGCCAGGGCUAUGGAGAGAGGACCUGUUUCCAAAAAACCAAAAAGAACAAUUACCCCCAGAGCCUUGGGGAGGGGCAGGAUUGGACUCAUCUUGCUCAGUGCCUCCUGACCUCAAUGCCUUCCUUCCAAGGGGUCUGUAUACAUUUCUUAAGCCCACCCCUCCCAUGUUUGCAUGUGUGUUAUAGUCUACAGCCAAAGUGUAGCCGUUACUGUAACCCCAUCAGUCUCCCUCUUUUGGGACAGGUGUGUGUGGCUCACUUGGGCCUCCAGUAUGUGUGCAGUCCAAGUGGGUUUUAUGGAGGCCUGGAGACUGAAGCAGUAGACAAUCCCCAAUACCAUUUGCAGGUCUGGAACUGCUCGCUCGCUCUCUCUCUCUCUCUCUCUCUCUCUCUCUCUCUCUCUCUCUCUCUCUCUCUCUCUUUUUUAUAGAAAAAAAAAAGUAUACAUUUUAGGGCUGUAGAUUUAUUUUCCUAGUUUUGUUUUUCGUUGCUGACUUUUGAGCACAGAAUUAUGAUAAUCAAUUACAUUUAUACAUCACCUCGUUGACGUUUCCAAACUUUUUUUUUUAAAACAUCUUGUUGGAAUUUUACUCCCUGGCCUAACUAGGACAGGGUCCCGUACCUCCCCCUACCCCCCGCCCCCGCCUCCUUCUUCCUCAAGACACCUGAGCAGAAAUUUGGCUGAACAGUGUUGUGGAAUUAUGUGAUAGCUUUAGAUCCUCCCUUCUGCUUGAGGGCAGAUGCGGCCAGGCCAGCACAGAAACCUUGCAAGCUUACUCUGAAGGCUUUCUGGACAAGGAGUGGUCGACUGGAUUUCAGUCUUGGCUGUCGCCUAUUUUUGGUUUGGAUGUCUUAUACCAAAGGGAAAUAGUCUUCAUUAAAGUCCGUAUUUCUUCUA